AAGCUACUCUUCAGGCACUAAUUGUGCCUGGGGUUUGCCCAGCUCUCCUUCCUCGGUGCACAUGUUGGGGGUUAUCCACACUCGGGAGGCUGAGGCGGGAGAAUUGCUUGAACCUGGGAGGUGGAGGUUGGAGUGAACCGAGAUCGCACCACUGCAUUCUCAGCCUGGGCAACAGAGUGAGACCCUGUCUCAAAAAAGAAAAAAAAAAACAAGAAAACAAAAAACAGGGGUCCCCAACCCCCAGUACCAGUCUGUGGCCUAUUAGGAGCCAGGCCGACGGCAGAAGGUGAGCAGCAGGGAAGCCAGUGAAGCUUCACCUGUAGUUACAGCCACGCCCCUUCGCUCACAUUCCUGCUUGAGCUCCACCUCCUCAGAUCAGCUGCAGCGUUAGAUUCUCACAGAAGCGUGAACCCUGCUGUGAACUGCAGAUGCCAGGGAUGUAGGCUGCCCGCUCCUUAUGAGAAUCUAACGCCUGAGGACCUGUCACUGCCUCCCAUCACCCUCGGAUGGGACUGUCUAGUUGCAGGAAAACAAGCUCAGGGAUCACUCACGUGGUGAUGUCCGUUCCAAACGGGAAUAUGAUGAGAGCCACGUGAUUACAGCCCUUCGUGUGAAGAAGAAAAUGAAUGAAUAUCUUCUCCCGGAGUCUGUGGACCUGGAGUGUGUGAAGUACUGCGUGGUGUAUGAUAACAACACCAGCACUCUGGAGGUACUCUUAAAAGAUGAUGAUGAUGGUUCAGACUCGGAUAGUGCUGUCAAAGAUGUGAUGCCUCGAGCAGCCAUUCAGUAUGGCAGGACCCUCACCCGCCUCACCUGCCACCCCGUCCACAUCCUGAAAGGGGGCUAUGAGCGUUUCUCAGGCAUGUACCCCUUCUUCCGGACCCAGAAGAUCAUCUGGAUGCCUCAGGAACUGGAUGCGUUUCAGCCAUACCCCAUUGAAAUCGUGCCGGGAAAGGUCUUCCUGGGCAAUUUCAGUCAAGCCUGUGACCCUAAAAUUCAGAAGGACUUGAAAAUCAAGGCCCAUAUCAAUGUCUCCAUGGAAACGGGGCCCUUUUUUGCAGGCGAAGCUGACAAGCUCCUGCACAUCCGGAUAGAAGAUUCCCCGGAAGCCCAGAUUCUUCCCUUCUUACGCCACCUGUGUCACUUCAUUGAGGUCCUGGGCCUAUGUCAAGAAGUGCAAAAACAACAUGUGUCCAAAUCAGGGGCUGGUGACUCAGCUGCUGGAAUGGGAGAAGAUUAUCCUUGGAGAUUUCAUCACAAACAUCACGGAUCUACUCUACUGAUCUCCACGCACGGUCUUGCUCUGUCUCAGGCUGGAGAGCCAUGGUGCUAUCAUGGCUCAUGCAGCCUCAACUUCCCAAGGCUCAAGGGAUCUUACCUCAACCUCCUGAGUGAGUAGCUGGGACUGCAGGUAUGCACCACCACACCUGGCUAAUUUUAUUUUUAUUUUUGUAGAAACAGUCUGGCUCUGUUUCCUAGGCUGGUCUUGAACUCCAGCCUCGGCCUCACCAAAGUGCUGGGAUUACAGACUUGGGCCAUGGCGCCCAGUUGGAAGCUGUUUUCUGAAUGCACUUCUCCAAAGCUGACAGUACCCACAGAACAAACUGGGCAUCAGGAGACGGCACAGACUAGGGGGCUGGUAGGGGAUUAGGAUGUCCAUUCAUGCGGGUCGUUCCCCAAGUCACUUCAGCAACCAUUCCCUGUCCCCACGUGGGUGGGUCUGGGAACAGAGAUGAAUGCCAUCCCACCACCUAGCACUCACUGCAGAGGGAUGGAGGGGUGUGGGAUUCCCCCAACAGCAGGGCAGGCCUUCAAGGAGUGGGGUUUUGCCAGAGGGGAAGGGCUUUCCAGGCAGCCCAGGCUUGAGUUGGGACAGAGACCGAGAUGGCUGCAGAGCUCUGAUUAGGGACCUCCUGGUGGGCAGGACAGAGCCGCUGGAAAGUUUUAAGCAGGAACAUGAUGGGGAAUUGUGUUUUGGGAAGGGCAGUCUUGUGGCUACAAGAAGGGACAGUGGAGGUGAGGCAGGGAGAAAGGAGUCCGCUGUCAAAAUCGAAGCGAGAGAAGCAGCUCUAACUCCCUUCCCCAAAGGGGCUGAGCUUCCCAAGGACGAAAGUGUUGCAGGCAGGUGUUACCUUCCUGGACCUUGGUUUGCUCCCAGCAUGACGGGCCAGAGCCCUGCUGGCUGUACCAUGCGGCUGGCACAGUCAGUGCAGUCCAGGCCCAUGGGCUGCAGCCGUUCCAGUCCCGGUUCAGGCCGCGAGUCGCGGGGCCAGCAGCAGCCUUGGCGCACGGCC